AUGAUCAUUUACAAGGAUAUCAUCUCUGGAGACGAGGUUCUCUCCGACAACUUCAAGAUCAAGGAGGUUGACGGUGUCCUCUACGAGUGCGACUGCCGCAAGUACCUCAAGCGGAAGAACGAGGACAUCCAGCUUGAGGGUGCUAACCCCUCCGCUGAGGAGGGUGACGAUGAUGCCGGCGGUGAUGGUGAGGAGGUCAUGGUUCACGACAUUGAGGAUCAGUUCCGUCUCGUUUGGCUGAAGACCGAGGAGGGCAUGAAGCCUUCCAAGGAUGCCUUCAAGAGCCACCUGAAGACCUACAUGAAGAAGGUUCUCGCCAAGCUCCAGGAGAAGGGUGUUCCCGAAGCGGAGAUCGAUGCUUUCAAGAAGGGUGCUCCCGCUGCCGUCAAGAAGAUCCUUGCCAACUAUGACAACUACGAUGUCCUGAUGGGCCACUCCAUGGACGGUGAUGCUAUGCACGUCCUGAUUGACUUCCGUGAGGACGGUGUCACCCCCUACGCCACUCUCUGGAAGCACGGUCUCGAGGAGAUGAAGGUUUAA